UCAGCUGAUUCUCCCACCCUUUCGCUCUUCAACAGACAGUAUACUCGAAUCGACACAGACUAGAUAAUAGAAUUGGCUACGUCGACGCACUGUUUUUCUAACAUUGUCUACAAAGAAAUCAUCGUAUUCGAACAACAACAGCACCGUAAAAGCUAAUGGCAAAUCAUGAAAUUGUCAAAUCGAAAAGAUUUAUAUUAUAGAUAACCGCACACAUAGAAGUAUUUUGAAACAUUACAUAGAUGUAUAGAAAGAAAAAUGAAUAUGGAAGUCAAAGAAUUAACUAUAUUAUGUUGGGUUGCAUUUCAAGGUCACGCGCCAAACAAUUUUAGCACGAAGAAUCAUAACCAAAGAAAUAUGUAGUUAAUCCGAUUUCAAGUUAUAUUUUACGUACAAGCACGUAGGAUUUAUUAUAUAACAUGAGGCAAUUUUUCAAGUUCAGUGUCAUAUAAAUUGUAAUGUGACAUUUGUAAAACUACAUUGUAACAGUAUCGAAAAAAGACAAAAUACAAUGAUACGUGAUCAGUGCUGGUUUUGGGAAUGGUUUAGCUGGUCUGGCUCAUCUUCAGCUAUGUUACGUUCUGUUGAGAAAAAAAUUCUUUCUUGUUUGAAAACUGCAUAUCGAGGAUGGUAUGUGGACAUAGGACCAGUUGUAGGAACAUCAGAUAAAAUAUGGACCAUUUCCUUAAAUGAAGAAUCACCAAACACACCAAUUGUUCUGUUACAUGGUUUAGGGGCAGGUGUAGCAUUAUGGUGUUUAAAUCUUGAUGCUUUGGCUUCACAGAGACCAGUGUAUGCCAUUGAUAUAUUAGGUUUUGGUAGAAGUAGUCGUCCUGUUUUUAGUAAUGAAGCACAAGUAGCUGAGAGUCAACUAGUUCGUUCCAUAGAGGAAUGGCGCAGGGAGAUGCAGUUAGAAAAAUUUGUGCUGUUAGGUCAUUCAAUGGGUGGUUUCCUUGCAGCAUCAUAUAGUAUGCAAUAUCCUGAAAGAAUAAAACAUCUGAUUCUUGCCGAUCCUUGGGGAUUCCCUGAAAGACCUGUAGAACGAAUUUCCAGAGCUCCUAUGUGGGUAAAAGUUAUAGCAUAUAUAAUGGAACCAUUAAACCCACUAUGGCCAGUGAGAGUAGCUGGUCCAUUUGGGCAGUGGUUAAUUGAAAAAACAAGGCCAGAUAUAGUAAAAAAAUUUGCACCUGUAUUAAAGGAUGAUACUGCUGUGAUUUCACAGUAUUUGCAUCAAUGUAAUGCCCAAACACCAUCUGGUGAGAGUGCAUUUCAUGCAAUGAUGCAACAUUUUGGUUGGGCCAAAAAUCCUAUUGUUAGGAGAAUGGAUAAAUUAAGUCCAGAUAUUCCCAUAACUCUAUUGUAUGGUAGUCGAUCUUGGGUCGAUAAUUCAUCUUGGGAAACACUUAAACAAGCUAGAGCAUUGUCGUACAUUAAUGUUCAGGCCAUAACAGGAGCAGGACAUCAUGUUUAUGCUGAUAAAAGUGAAAUUUUCAAUAAAUAUGUAUUAGAAGCAUGCAAUUUAAGUGAUUCGAUACCCCAUUUAACAGUAUCAGAUAUUCGUUCAAACAUUAAAAAUAUAAAUGAACAACAAAUUUCACUUAUUUUAACUAACGAGGAAGUUGACUCUAAAACCGUUCAGGAACAAGAAUUGAACACACCACAAACGCGAUCUAGUUGAAAUUUAGUAUAAAAUUUUGUUGUUAAAUUAUACUCUAUUGACUUUAAUAUUCAUUCGGACGAAUUACAUGAUUUAUGUGAUUUAGAUUAGGUAUACAUGUACUGCAGUAUACCAAACAAGAAUCACGUGUUGAUUAAUAUUAUUGUACAAUUUAAUUUCUAAUUUAUGUUUUACUUUGUUAAUUUUAUAGUUUAUAAUUUCUUGAAUUAUUUCAAGAACGACAGUACUCAAUUCUUAGUUUAAGUUUAUUAUCCCACCACCUACGUUUUCGAAAACUAGUUAAAUAUUGGAGUAUUAGAUUUUUGUACAAAUUUCAAUUUCUUGCCAUGAUUAUAGAUAUAAUAAAAUAAAUAAUAAGUAUUGAAAAAGGAAAUAACAGUACAUGUAAGGAAUUAUUUAAAUACAUGAGAUUGAUCACAAAACAUAUAAUAAAUCAUCAGAAUCAAAUCGGGUCAAUGGGAUCAAAAAUUUGGACGAAUAUUGCAAAUAUGUCAUGUUAUGAGUCUUACAGAGGGAAGUUGAAUUGUACAUUAUGCACAAAUGUAACAUAAAAUAAAAUGAACUGUGGGAAAAUAAA